ACGGUAAACAUCACUGAAAGCCGCCUUUUGCCAUUUCUCCCCUCCAAUCAUCCCGCCAAGAACUCGGUCGAUUGAUACCUAGUUGUAUUCCUCUUGGUCCAUUCUCUAGAGUCGAAUGGGUCCGGCUGCUGUCUAGUCUUUAUCUGUCCUCUUUCGAACCCUAUCACCCUCCGUUUCCCGCAUUCCAACACAUUCAGGCAAUCACCUAUUACAGUCCCCGCCUCCGACCUCCUCCCUCUCUCCACACACCGAGACGAUCCCCCUACGGGCUCCAGUAGCAAACCCGGAGUACUCACGAACAACCCCCGAACAAUCAUGAGUAACACGGACUUCCUGGGGCGGGCGAUUGAUGCCGUCAAGAAGGCCAUCGAGCUCGACAAUUCGGGCGAGUACGAGAAGGCUUAUCAGGGCUACUACUCCGCACUGGAGCUAUUCAUGCUCGCCCUAAAAUGGGAGAAGAACCCGAAGUCCAAGGAGAUGAUUCGCGCGAAAACGGGCGAAUAUCUUGAUCGCGCAGAGAAACUCAAGACCCACCUUGAAGCAACGGAAAGUCGAAAGAAGCCAAGUGCAGUAGGCGCGAACGGCAAGGUGGCGCAAGGCAGUGGGAAGGGCGAUAAGAACGAGGACGAUAAUGAAGACGCUGAUUCGAAGAAGCUACGCAGCGCCCUUGCUGGGGCGAUCUUGUCGGAUAAGCCGAAUGUGAAGUGGGAGGAUGUAGCAGGUCUCGAGAGUGCUAAGGAAGCAUUGAAGGAGGCGGUCAUAUUACCUAUUAAGUUCCCUCAUUUGUUUACGGGGAAACGACAGCCAUGGAAGGGUAUCUUGCUCUAUGGGCCUCCCGGUACCGGAAAGUCGUAUCUUGCCAAAGCCGUGGCAACCGAAGCAAACAGUACAUUCUUCAGUGUCAGUAGCAGUGAUCUAGUAUCCAAGUGGAUGGGUGAAAGUGAAAGGCUCGUGAAGCAGCUCUUCAAUAUGGCCCGAGAGAACAAGCCCGCUAUUAUCUUCAUCGAUGAAGUGGAUGCCCUAUGUGGUCCUCGUGGAGAAGGAGAAUCAGAGGCAUCUCGCCGUAUCAAGACGGAGUUGCUGGUGCAGAUGGAUGGUGUAGGAAAGGAUUCGAGAGGUGUUCUAAUCCUAGGCGCAACGAAUAUUCCAUGGCAACUAGAUGCAGCUAUUCGUCGCAGAUUCCAGCGGAGAGUCCACAUCAGCCUUCCCGACAUCAAUGCACGAGUGAAAAUGUUCAUGCUAGCUGUCGGACAAACACCGUGUGAAAUGACGCAAGCCGAUUACAGAACACUGGCGGAGAUGAGCGAGGGCUACUCCGGCAGCGAUAUUAGCAUUGCCGUUCAGGAUGCACUCAUGCAACCGAUCCGUAAAAUCCAAACAGCCACGCAUUACAAGAAGGUUUUGUUUGAAGGACAAGAAAAAUUAACACCAUGCUCUCCAGGAGAUGCAGGUGCAAUGGAGAUGACAUGGACGAGUGUGGAAGCAGAUCAGUUGCUGGAGCCACCGCUCGUUCUGAAAGACUUUAUCAAAGCAGUUCGCAACUCUAGACCCACUGUCAGUCAAGAAGACCUCCAGAGGAACUCGGAGUGGACCAAGGAAUUUGGCAGCGAAGGCGCUUAGCCCAUAUAGUAAACCCUUGCCCUCUAUACUUGAAAGCAUAUACCGCUGUGCUGGCUCUUUUUUGCAUACCACCCCCCUUCUUCAUCUCUCUUGGAUUGAGCGAAUGAGAGAUAUUUUACGUUUAUACAUUCUCACAUCAUCCUCUCUCAAGCGGCUACCUUGCAGAUUCCUAUACACGUCCCUC